UCUUAUUAUAUCUCUAUGGAUCCAACUGACCAAUUUUUAGAAAAAUAACAAUGAACGGACGCAUUUUCCUGGUGACAGGUGCUACAGAUGGCAUUGGUAAACACACUGCAAUGCGAUUGGCUAACACUGGAGCAACUGUCCUUAUUCAUGGGCGAGACAAGCAUAAAGGAGAAGAUGUUCUGAAACAGAUUAAAGAUGAAUCGAAAAACAACAACAUAAGGUUGUACAUAAGCGACCUAUCAACUUUAGAUGGCGUGCGCAAAUUGGCAGAGGAAGUAAAAAAGUCAGAAGAUCAUCUGGAUGUUUUGAUCAACAAUGCAGGGGUGUUUCUUAAAAAUCGUACGGAAACAGCUGAUGGACUAGAAACAACAUUUGCUGUAAAUGUGGUUGCUCCAUUUCUUCUCACGCACUGUUUGCUUGAUCUUGUGCGUGCUGGUAGCAAGCCUCGCAUUAUAAUCACGAGCUCGAUCUCGCAGACAGACACCGUGACUUUGACAGACCUUCAGUCACAUCAGCAAUAUCGUGAGGGACAUGGCCCUUACGAGCUCUCGAAAACAAUUGACAUAAUAAUGGCACUGGAAAUGGCAGAGAAAUUUAGUGAUAUAGGAAUAACUGUGAAUACCUUAGACCCAGGAACUGUGAACACUAAAAUGUUAUAUGCAGGUUGGGGGCCCAUUGGUAUACCAGUAAACAAGGCCGAUAAUACAUUUCUAUUGGCUACUGAUGAUGCGUAUGCCAAUGUUACUGGAAAAUAUUUCUUAGAUAACACCAUAAGUAAUGACUUCAGUGGUGUUUGUAAGGAUUCUAAACUACGUAAGCAAAUUUGGAAGGCUCUUGAGAACAUUUCUGGUGUGAAAUAUUAAAUUGAUUUUCUCACAUGAUCCAUGGGGCCUAAUUAAUCCAUACCAUAAUGUAUUCAAAAUGUAAUAAUAAUAUUAUUGUUUAUCAAUAAUAUUAUAGAUUAUCAGCACUAAUAAAAAGACAUAAAAGAUGAUUUUGUCCAUUACCAGUUUUAAUUUCAUAAUUUUUAUAGUCCUAUCGAUUUUAUUUAUUGUACCUUUUUAUUUCAUCAUAAAUUUAAUCAUAAAUUUUAUGAAUUUUAUCAUAAAUCUUAUUCAUGUUAUGAAACAGUUGAACUUGCCCAAGUCAAAUCCAAAAUGUCAUUGAAAAAGUGAUUUGGAUAAAAUUCAGCUUACAGGUCCUUAAUUAAAGGAAAAUGCAACAAUUUGGUAUGUAUAAAAAGAUGGACUAAUAAUAAUGAUAACUAAUAAUAAUGAUAAUAAUAUAAUAAUAAUACUAAAAUUGUUGAAAAACACAAGUAUCUGGGACUGAUUAUUGAUAAUGAACUUAACUGGGAAAGCAACACUAAAUCAUCUGUACCAAGGCAAAUAAAAGAAUGUAUUUUGUAUAUAGAAUGAAACGGUUUAAUGUUAGCUCUCAUCUUAUUCAUAUGUUUUAUUCCUCGGUUGUCCAGUCAAUUCUUUCUUAUUGUAUUAUUAUUUGGUUCUCUCAUAUCA